AUGGGUCGUCCAAGGAACAAGGGAAAGCAGAAGCACAAGAAGUACCACAAACAGCUCCACCGCGGCAAGUUCGAGGCCCGGCACAUCGACCAGGUAUGGGAGGACGUUAGGUCUCCGCAGGCUGUCAUCGAUGCCACGCACGGGCCCAAGGGGACGACGUCGCGCGCGGAGCACGACGACGACACACCAGGCGGCGGGCAGCACUACUGCGUGCCGUGCGCGCGCUACUUCGCCACGGGGCUGGCGCUCGCAGAGCACGAGCGCGGCAAGCCGCACAAGCGCCGCGUGAAGGAGCUCGACGGCAUGCGGCCGCACAGCCAGGAGGACGCCGAGCGUGCCGCGGGGAUGGGUAGCGUCGACAACGGACCGCGGCUGCGCCCGCGCUCGGGCGCCGGCUUCGUGACGGGCUCCAAGUCGGCGCCGCCCGUGCGGUAG